UAUAGUUUUGAAGUAAGAUCUUUGUGGGAACCGCCGUACCUGACAGAAGCGAAACAUAAUGUUGUGACACUGUGACAGUCGGGUCGGGUUAAUGCGUUGAAGGUUGAAAGAUAGUUCGGCAGAAUGGCGAACAAAAGUAUUGUCUUUCACCCUAUAAUUAGUCCCAUACAGAAAAUAGCACUGUAUGAAACCAAGUCUAGAUUCUAUUUAAUGGGGACAAAUAAUACACAAACACGAUUCAGGGUGUUAAAGAUUGAUCGUAUGGAGCCCAGAGAACUGAUUGUUGUAGAUGACAAAGUUGAAUAUUCUCAAGAAGAAAUAAGAGAUUUAGUAACAAGAAUUGAUGUUGGCAACAGAACACGUGUUGGACAGAGGCUGAGCAGUAAUGGGGUAGCUCGUAUAGUUUCAGCAUUUGGGAUUGUUGGGAAUAAAGUAAGUGAAGAUGAAGUUGCAACAGAAGAUGUAAACACAGACAUUAUAAAAGAUUCCAGGACACAUCAGUCAAAAGUUUCCCUUUGGCAGUCAGUUUGGAAGCGUGAUGUUUUCCCACGACUAGUGCCAGCAUUUGGGUUACUUGGUUUCAUAAGAUUUCUGGAAGGCUAUUACAUAAUUUUAAUAACAAAAAGACGACUUGUAGCAGUUAUAGGACAUCACACAAUUUACAAAAUAGAAGACACUAGCAUGAUAUACAUUCCAAAUGAUGGUGUAAGAAUCUCUCAUCCCGAUGAACCAAGAUAUGUUAAGAUGUUUCAAAAUAUUGAUUUGUCCAGCAACUUCUACUUCAGCUAUAGUUAUGACAUAACACACACACUGCAAAGCAACAUGACUCCGCCACGUAGUGUUAUUCCAGACCAUGAAAGUUCUGAGAAUGGUGAAGGGGUGUUUGACACAAAGGGUAAGUCACACCAGUUUUUUGAGUCUUCGUCUUUUGCUGCCAGUGAUGAAAUACAAUCUGCUGCAGAUUACUUCUCAGUCUGGUCUUUUGGUGAACAAAAUGCAAGUGAAAUUCUGAAUGAUGUUAAAAAUAAACCUAAUGAGGGACAUCCUGAAGUUUUAAACUAUGGAGUCCGGAACAGUCCCAACUACAGAUUUGUGUGGAAUAGCUAUCUUCUGAGUAAAGUAGAGAAGUCUCUGCAUCCAGAUUGGAUCCUUUAUGUAACACAUGGCUUUGUGGGGCAGUCAAAUAUAAGCAUCUUUGGAAGAUCUGUGUACAUCACUCUUAUAGCGCGAAGAUCAAACAGAUAUGCAGGCACAAGGUUUCUUAAGAGAGGAGCUAAUUUUCAAGGUGAUGUAGCCAAUGAAGUUGAAACAGAGCAGAUUGUUCAUGAUUCAGGGCUGUCCUCCCUGAUUUUGGGCCAUUUUAGUGCCUUUGUUCAACUUCGUGGUUCCAUUCCUGCUCAGUGGAGUCAGGACAUUAGCAAAAUAGUUCCUAAGCCUGCCAUCAGCUUUGACUUGAGUGAUCCUUUUGCUGAAACAGCAGGUGAACACUUCAAUCAAUUGUUCCAGCGUUAUGGUGCUCCAAUAAUAAUACUGAACCUUGUAAAAAAGAGAGAGAAGAAAAAACAUGAAAGCAUGUUGAGUGAAGAAUUUAGUACAGCCAUUGCCUAUUUAAAUCAGUUUCUACCUCCUGAUCAUCAAAUACAAUACAUUAGUUUUGAUAUGGCACGCAUAUUUAAGGGGAAAGAGGCCAACGUAAUGGGGCGUCUUGGUGACAUUGCCCACACAACUGUAUGUAAAACUGGAAUAUUUCACAAUCAGUCGCCAUACUACACUCAGAAUUCUCAUGCAAUACUUGGUCUUGUUGAUAAGAAUGAACUUAGUUUUGGAAGACGCCUUCAAACUGGUGUCAUUAGAGUGAAUUGUGUUGACUGUUUGGAUCGAACCAACACUGCACAGUUUGCCAUUGGGAAGUGUGCAUUAGGAUUUCAGCUGUGUGCCUUGGGUGUCUUGGAUGCACCACGUAUUGAUUUUGAUUCGGACUGUGUGCGUAUGUUGGAAGAACUGUAUGAGGACCAUGGAGACACAUUGGCAUUGCAGUAUGGUGGAUCGCAACUAGUGCAUCGCAUCAAAACAUAUCGAAAGACAGCACCAUGGACAUCACAAGGCAAUGAUAUAAUGCAAACCUUGAGCCGUUAUUACAGUAAUACAUUUUCUGAUGCAGAGAAACAACAUACAAUCAACCUGUUUCUGGGGUUAUUUGUACCUGAUGAGAGUCGGCCUCCUAUAUGGGAAAUGGCAACUGACUACUAUUUGCAUCACAAGCUAGACAUUCCAAAUAAACGUGCACGCAGCCAGUGGUGGGAUACAAGUGCAGUGCAGUUCCUUCCACGUGCAUAUGAAGAAGUGAAUAAACGCUGCCGUCAGUUAGUACCCAUUUCAAGUCCACAUGAUGAAGCUGUUGACAGUUAUGCUGACUAUUAUCGCCCCCAUGAACUGAGUGUACUGUGCAGCACUUUUGCUUUCAAAAUUAGCCAUUCUGUAAGGGAUUUUAUGCCAAAUUUUACAACAAACUUUAGUCCAUUUGCUGUGCGUGUUCGACCAGGACGCCGCAGAGAAGAAAUGGGAGCCAAAGGAAGUUCUAUGAAAAACCCAUCUCUCUCUGGUCAGAGCUCUAGUAGUUCCACCACAUCGAGUGCAAGCUCAACAUCAGAUACGGAAGAGUCAGAAGAAGAAGAGCAUCGAAGUGACUCACAACCUACACCCUCCAAAGACAGUUCAUCAGACUACAUUACUUUUGAGACACUUUUUCCACCAAUGAGACAAGUUUACGGGAUGGAAAUUGAAAAUCCAAAGAAAGCUGAUAUUGCGCUAUACAAAAGGUUUGCUAUGUUGGGAUUACAUGCCAAUAAUGUGGAGUCAUCACAGCCAUCAAAAUCUGUGCGUCUCAUACAGCAGAGUGCAUUUUCCUUGGAUUCUUCAGUGAAAGUUUCUCCACCACGUGUAAGCCGUCCAUCAGUUGAAAUUUAUAAACAAUAUGUGAAUCGUGGGAAGUUUGGUGCUACUGAUCCCAGCCCUACAGAUCUUAUGAAAUAUCAGAACUUUGUCAACAAUACUGUCUUGAAUAGUAAUAGCUGGGAUGACUCUGUAUAUUGAUGAGCUGGAGAGAGAGAGAGAGAGAGAGAGAGAGAGAGAGAGAGAGAGAGAGAGAGAGA